UCGGAGAUCAAUUUGUCAAAUAUGCUAAAGUGGUAAAUCCACGAAAUGAUAUGGUCAGCAGAGAAGUUUUGCGCCACAAAGAAUUCGAAGACGUAGUUCAACUUACACGAAUACGUGAUCAUUUUAUUUUUAACGUUGAAUCUACUGGCAUUAUGGAUUCUGAAAAGAUUUUUAUUGAUUCUGUGCAUAUUCUACAAGCGAAAUGUAAGCGGCUUUUAGCCGCAUUAGAACAUAAAUUGAGAGAACAAGAAAGAGAUCGCGAUCAGAUGGAUAUGUACUAA